AUGAAUAAUCAAUUUUAAUUCCUUUCUGAAAUAUUUCGCCAAUGGAAAUAAAUCACACAAAAAUAAAUAAAGUAAAGGUAUUGAUUGACAACAAUCUAUAGAUAAUCUAUAAUGUCUAUGAUGUAUUCAAAAGACCAAAAUUUAUUGAAAAAUGCAUUUUAUCGUUGGAUUAGAUGUUGGAAUGGUUCAAAAAAUUAUAAAUACAAAAGAGAUUUGUUUUACAAAAAAUUAUUGAUCUUCAAUUAUAAAUUCUUACUUAGAAAAUAUUUUAAUGGAUUUAUUUAAAAUAGUAAAAGAUUAGUAACUUUGCAUUACAAAAAAGAAAUGGCAAAUAAUUUUAGAUCUUAAAAAAUUUAAUAACUCAAACACAAAAUCUUAAUAGCAAUUUUGAAAAAUGUAACAAUUAGUUAGAAUAUUAAAUAAAUUUAAUAAAGAAGUCUUCAUAUUUAUUUUAGAUUUUGGAAUUCAGAGACUCGAAAACUUCAAUUGAAAAAUAAACUAAAUAAAGAAAAUGGAAAUCUCAAUAAUGUUGAAUAGUGGAUUUAAUAAAAAAGAUAGAAUCGAAUAUAACCUAAGAUUUAUCAAGAAUCUCAAGAUUAAUAAUAAAAUUAAUAAUACCCAAAAAGUUAACAGAUUGAAUAAAGAGCAUAAAGAUAGAUCACUCCUAAAAAAGAAACAAUAAAGGAGGAUUAGAAAAUUUAUAUACCAGAUUAGAUGAAUUCCAAUUAGUCCAUCAAUGAAUUAAAUCAAUAUUUACAAUUAAAAAUGAUGGAAUAUGAGUAUUAUUCUAGUUUACCAGAAAAGAAUAUCAAUAUUAUUAAAUAAAUUAAGAUGGAAAUAAAAUCAACCUUAGAAAAAAUACAAGAAUUCAGAGGAUAAUAAUGA